AUGAACAACAAAACAACACAAGUUCUGUUUGAGUUUUUCCAAGCCAGAUACAAUCUAACAAAUUUCCUUAUUGCAGAUUACGAAGAGGUUGCCAAAGGAACAUUCACAUUUGGUCAUCGGCAGGGUUCUAUUCCUGAGUUUGAGGAAUAUUUCCAUGCGUUACGCUACAACAACUACACAAGAAGCAAUAAAUAUUGGAUUGGCGAAUAUUGGCAGGAAACACAUCAAUGUAAUCUACCCAAGCUUGGAAUUCCUGCAAAUUUCACAAAAAACUGCACUGGAGAUGAGAACAACGCAAUUUACAAAGAAUUUGCUCCUGUGCAAUUAGUUAUAAAUGCCGUUUAUGCACUUGCAAACGCCUUAAACAGCUUACAAAAACAUUCUUGUCCUAACAUCACAGGAAUUUGCUCAGAAAUGCGCCCAAUAUCAACACAAUUAUUGUUAGAGUAUAUAAAAAAUACUACUUUUGAAGAUGCUUUAUCUCAUAGUAAGGCUUCAUUUAACUCUCGCCAGGAAGUGGAAGGCAACUAUACAGUGUAUAAUUAUCGCUACAUCAACGGUUCGUAUGAUUAUAUUCCCGUUGGCUCUUGGUCCGCCAUAACUAACAAUACACUAACUGAGAACUUGGUUUUAAACGAGUCCGUGGUCCAAUCGGCGCAUGUCAAUGCUGUCAUACCGCUGUUCGCGUGUAGACCUACGUGCGGGCAUGGACAAAUUCGAGUCUCGCACAGGCCAGGCUCUGGGCCAGGCUGUUGCUGGGUUUGUCGCACAUGCGCAGAGAAUGAAGCGGUUAUGAAUAACACGUGCCAAGCAUGUGUACCGGGUUUUACCCCCGGGAAGAAUUUAUCAUCGUGUUUGAAAAUGGAUUUGAUUUACAUAAAUAUGGACACGCCAUUAGCGAUUGUUUUGGCUGUGUUUUCAGUACUGGGUAUCAUUACUGACUUCGUAUUUCUUACUGCUUUCAUUGUGUAUAGAAAUCACCCGCUUAUCAAAGCAUCAG